AUGACUCUUCUCACUGAUAUUGAGCCAAUUGCUGGUCCAACCACUAUUUUACGCAUCACUGAUGAAAUAGCCACCACUGAUCCUAGUCGGCUAUAUUGCACUCAGUCAAUCUCGCCAGAUGUCACCCAGGGAUGGAAAGAUGUGACCUUCUCGGGUCUUGUCAGUGCAGCGAAUCGCAUGGCUCUCUGGAUCGAAGAGAAUGUAGCAUCUUCUAGGGCCCCGGAAACUCUUGCCUAUGUUGCUACGAAUGAUAUUCGCUACGUGGCAUUCAUUCUCGCGUGCAUGAGACUGCGGCACACCGCAUUGCUUCUCUCCCCCAGAAACUCUGAACAGGCAUCACAUCACGUCAUGGGCUUGACAAACUGCACGAAGCUUGUUUAUACAACAGAAAAAAGCCGACAAGUCAAUGGACUUACUGCAGCCUAUACGUCCUUGAAAGCUUGGGAAGUCCCAGAUUUGUGGGAGGUGUUUGACGAUAGUUCACCGGGACCUUCAAUCGAAGAUCCAGCGGAGGACCCCGAAGACCGUGUGGCCAUCUAUAUCCAUAGCUCUGGAACAACGGGGAUGCCCAAAGCGGUUCCAAUGACCAACGGCUAUCUUCUUGCCGUAGGGGGACUUAGCAGACUUCCAGUACCGGAAAACCGAGAGCGUACUCUACAAUUCCCAGCUUUGCAAGGAGAACGCAGCCUUGCAAUGAUCACAAACCCUUUCUUUCAUCUCAUCGGACUUACGUAUAUGAUGUACCCAAUGCUCUUCUCCACUCCCUUUGUGUUGAGCCCAGACAAACCAAUGACAGCGGAGCUGCUGACCCAUAUUGUCGAGGAAAAGAAGCCUACUUCGGUUUUCUUUGCCCCCUCUGUGCUCGAGGAUCUUGCCGGGUCCGAAUUGGGAGUAAAAGCCUUGCAAAGCUUUGAUUCUAUCGGCUACGGAGGUGCACCGUUGGCCCCCGAAGUCGGAAACCGUAUUACUGAGUGGACAUACCUUCAGACAGUGCUGGGAACAAGUGAAUGCGGAGUAUUUGGAAGCUUGAGACACGAGGACAAGAAAGACUGGGCUUAUUUUGAGUGGAAUCCUCACACUGGGUUAAAAAUGAGUGAUGCCGGAGAUGGCUUUUUUGAGCUGAUCGUCUCUCGCGGAGAUAGUCGUGAUGGCAAGUGCACCUUCCACACAUAUCCCGACUUGCAAGAAUACCACACCGGUGACUUGUUCACUCCUCAUCCAGAGAAAGAAAAUUUGUGGCUCUACUCUGGUCGCAAAGAUGAUAUCAUUGUUCUCAGCAAUGGUGAGAAAUUCAAUCCGACCUUGAUGGAAGAAAUCAUUACUGGGAAUCCCCUUGUCACCCAAGCUAUAGUGAUUGGUCAGGGUCGCUUCCAGUCAUCACUUUUGAUUGAACCUCACUGGGACACAUGGAAUGACAGCGCUAAUGAUUUUAUCAACAAAAUUUGGCCCACCGUGAAGAAGGCCAAUGAGGCUGCUCCAGGACAUGCUCAAUUGAUGAAAAGUCGCAUUGGAAUCGCAACCCAAUCAAAACCAUUUCAGCUUACUCCAAAGGGUAGCAUCAAGCGACGAACCGUUCUAGCUGAUUAUGAAGAAGAGAUAAAUGCCUUGUAUGUUGAUUCCGACCAAAGUGACAUUGCUCAACUUGCGAAAGAUGCUACCCAGUCGGAGAUUGCAUUGUACAUCACAGCAGCUGUGUCAGAGAUCUUGGAUGUCCCGGCUGUAGAUGAAAAGGCAGACAUCUUUGCAAUUGGCCUCAAUUCUCUUCAGACGCUCCGUUUGGGUCAGAUUCUCCAGGCAUCUCUUCGAUCUGCGCGGCCCGAUCUGGGGCCUUCAUUUGGUAGUCCACAGCUUUACUCCCGACCGACAGUCGUUCAGCUCACUGAAUAUGUUUUUGGUCUACUUCAGGGUCAAGAUUCAGGCCCUGCAGAAUUUGUCGCAGAAGGCGAGACUGACCGAGAAGCAAGGAUUGCUGAUCUGGUUGGGAAAUACACCGAUGAUCUCGGAGAAAGUCAUGCAGUAAUUCUCACGGGGUCUACUGGCUCCCUCGGGUCCUACCUGUUGUCCGAGCUUCUUCACGAUCUUAGUGUUACUAAGAUCUACUGCCUCAACCGAUCUGCAGAUGCAGCCACAAGACAGUUGUCGAGUCUACAAGAAAAGGGACUUGCCUUCUUCAAGCAGUUCCCACGUCGAGUGGAGUUUCUCCAGGCUCAAUUUGGGACUGAACGGCUCGGACUGGAGGAUUCUAAAUACGAGGAGCUUUUACAAAGCGUUGACACCAUCAUUCAUAAUGCGUGGAAGGUGAACUUCAACCACGCGGUCGAGGCUUUUGAGCAUCCUCAUAUUGAAGGGGUGCGCCGACUAGUCGAUUUCAGUAUUGCCAGCCAGAGAAACGCCCACAUUCAUUUUAUUUCCUCCAUCUCCGCUAUAGAAGGAUAUAGUCCUGAGCGGGGGCCGUCCAUUCCGGAGGUGAUCUACGAUGAUCCCAGCUCAGUUCUUCGCCAGGGAUAUGGUGAAUCAAAACAUAUCUCUGAGAGAAUUUGUGCAAUUGCUUCUGCUAGAGUUGGUGUCCCUACCAGCAUUCAUCGAGUUGGACAGAUCGGUGGCCCCACAACCGAGAAAGGGAUGUGGAAUAAGCAGGAAUGGCUUCCAUCGUUGAUUGCAACGUCUCAAACGCUGAAGCAGAUCCCCAAAUCUCUGGGAUCAAUUACCGUGCAGUGGGUACCGGUGGAUAUCACUGCCAAGGUUAUUACGGAGACGGUUAGAACCCGGCGGACUACACAAGAGGACGAGCCGUGUGCCGCCUUCCACGUUGUUAACCCGAAUGUCGCGGAAUGGUCAUCCUUAAUUCCAGCUGUUGUGAAGUACUUCGAUGUCCACCCGGUGGAUUUCGAGACAUGGAUUAAAUCCCUGGAAAGCUUUACCAACCCCACUGAGAAUGAUCUUGAAGACAAGCCCGCUCUUAAAAUCUUGAGCUUCUUCCAGGCGUUUGCAGCAACUGAGGAGGUGGGCCCAUGGACCGAGACAACGAGUACGCAGGCUGCCAGUAAGACUUUGCGAGAGCUGAAGGGCAUCGAUGUUUCAUUGAUGCAGAAUUGGAUGAACCAGUGGAAUUUUUGA